AUGGAUCUCGACGCCCACCAGUUGCUCCUCAGUGGAAUUAUAUCCAGCAUCGAUGUCGAAGGCGACAUCUUGAAGAACGAUAAAAACCGAUCCUUUUAUUGGGUUCACAUCUACGUCGACAACCACAAAGUAAUAAAAUCGAAGAAAUCCCAAUCUCGUUCCCGAGAGCUUUCUUGGAAAUGGGACUCGGAUAACAAAAUCGGUUUUACACCUUCUUCGGUAGUCAAAGUUGAGCUCCAUCGCGGUUUUAAAGGAGGGAUAAUAGGAAAAAUCCCUCAAACCAAGGUACAUGUGGCACAAUUUGCGGAACGAAUUGAGCGAUUGCUCGAUAACGAUUCGAAAUCGUUUGCGCUGGUGGAUAGAAAGGGAAAAACCAUUGCGCAAAUCAACAUGUCUCUUUCUCUGUGUGCGACACGCGAUGAGUUGAUCUCGGACUUCAUGAAGAAAGUUGACGGAGAUGUGGAUGAUCUUAAAGGCAUCGAAGGCGUCAGCAAACGUGCGUUGUUAGUAUUGGGACCUGUGCUGCAGAAUACAAGGGUCUUGAUGAACAGUGUCGCUGACGCAACACAUCAAACGGAAAUCCAGGACCAAUCAAUCCGAGAGCUUGCUGAAACCUUGCGCGAGAUGCUCGCUACUACAACCGCGAAGCUUGACUUGCCAAGAAUACCAGACGCAGUCGACCUCAUCAAAGAAAUUGGCUUUCAAUCCUUGCAGGUUGCAUCACUCAUUCACGAGUAUACCCAACCCUCUUUCUCCGAACGGACUUUGAGAUUGUACUUUGGUGAUAUGAGCUCACGUAUCACAGAGUGCCAAAGAAGAUGUCUGGUUCUAAAAGAGAGGUUCUAUGAGAGAAUACAGCUGGAAACGAAUAAGGCGGUGAAAGAAAGCAAGGAUAUUAUGAACGAGGUCAAAAAUGAGGUUUGCAAGGUGAAGGACGACGCCCUAGCGGAAAAGAUUUUCAAGUGGUUGUGGCCCUCCGACCGCCCAAUCGACAUUUCAAAAAACUACAACGAAGCUCAUGGAAAGCGUCAGCGCCAGACAUGUUCAUGGUUUCUCGAGGACGAGAGAUUCGGACGAUGGCUACAUCAUCCUGGCUUCAUCUGGGUCCACGGAAAAGCGGGGUGUGGCAAGACAAUCUUAAUGGCCUCGAUUAUCAAUAAACUUCCGGACCCCAGCUCAUCGACUGGAAUUGUUUAUUUCUUCUUCGAUGCACGCGACGGACAGACAGACUCCCAGCUACAUAUAAAAUUCAUACGAUCACUGGCGUACCAGCUAUGCGACUCCCGUCAUGGAGGGAUUCCGCAAGAGAUGGUAGACCUUCAUACAAAAUGUGGUGCUUCGCAACCAUUGGAUGAUCAACUCGAGGAGACCAUGCAACAUAUUCUAGAAGGAUUUGACCGCGUGUUCAUUGCCAUUGAUGCCCUAGACGAGUGCUCAGAUCGCCAAAAGACACUUGAUUGGGUUCGGAAACUCCUCACCAACACACAACUACAAACUGAUAUUCAUUUGCUAAUCACAAGUCGACAUGAGACAGACAUCACAAACGUUUUUAAAGAUCUAGGCGGCGACAGUAUUGACGUCGUUAAUCCUACAAACAAAGACAUUGAGGACUAUAUCAGCAAGCAAAUGGAAUGUUCAAAGCUUCAGCGAUUCAAUGAACAGAUUCGGGGUGAGGUAGAAUCAAAAUUACGGGAUUGUGCUGACGGAUCGUUUCGAUACACUGCACUAAUGCUGGCUGAAUUGGAGCAGUGUUCAACCUUGUCCAAGUUGGAGAAAGCAUUGACCAAGUUUCCAAAUGGCCUCGACGAAAUAUAUGACCGAAUUCUGCGUAAAUGCAAGGACGAAGACGCUUUGGAUCUUCGAAGGUUUCUUCAGUUCCUUGCAUUCUCAAUGGAAGCAAUAACACUUAGUGAACUCGCUGAAACUGUUACGAUUGAAUUCUCUUCGGAUGAUCAGGCAGUUUUUAAUCCUAAAAGACGGUAUCUCAACCCAUCUGAUAUCCUGGAGCUAUGUGGAGGAUUGGUUGUAAUGAGUAAAGAUGAACGAAACACCAAUGCUCACAGACCCUGGAAAGAGGAAUUCAUUAAAUUGUCUCAUUUCUCGGUGAAGGAAUAUCUCAUCUCCACUCGAGUUCAAAACAGAUUUUGUCUGGCCAAUACCGCUCAAUCUCGCAUUGAUAUCUCAAAAACAUUGAUGUCGUAUCUCUUGGAAACUUACUUAAUCAACGACACAUCUGAUGCCUCUGCUUUCCCGCUCAAAAAUUAUGCUGCAGAGACCUGGGACCUCCAUGUUGGAUACCAUGGCAUAGAUGCAGAUACUACCGUGUUCAAGAUGGCAGCACGUCUAUUAAGAUCAGGAAUCCCUGUUCUAACAAAGGUCGCCAUUGGAAAAUUUGACCUCAGUCCAAAAGAAAGUCAAUGUCUGAAGAAGGGACUAGUGGAAAUUGAGCCAAGGCCACUACAGUGGGCAUCGUUGCUAGGACUUGUUGGGGUGGUCGAACACCUAUUGGCAGAGGUGGAUAAUAAUAACCCAGACAGAGAGCAAUUGGAGGCAGCAUCCUCUAGAAGCAGUGUUCAUGCGUCUAAGGUCUGCCAGAAACGCGCCAUAGAUGUCAAUGUCAACACCGUGGGUGGCAAGUAUGGCACGGCACUCCAGGCAGCAUCUAAUAGGGGCCAUGAAUUAGUGGUUGAAACACUCUUAAAACAUGGUGCUGAUGUCAAUGCUGUGGCAGGGAAAUACGGCACUGCACUCCAAGCGGCCUGCUACAGGGGUCAUGAAUCGGUGGUCCAAGCCCUUCUGAAGCAUGGCGCGGAUGUCAAUGUCGUGAGUGGCAAGUAUGGCACUGCUCUUCAGUCUGCAACUCUACGAUGCAGUCGUCAAUCGGUGGUUGAAGCACUCCUCAAACACGGUGCGGACGUCAACGCCAUGGCUGGAAAGUUCGGCACUGCACUCCAGGCAGCGUCUUAUGAAGGCAAUCAAUCGCUGAUUGAACUACUCAUAAAGCACGGUGCAAAUGUCAAUGCUGUGGAUAGCAAGCACAAGACUGCACUCCAGGUGGCAUCAAAUCGGGGCAAUCUAUUGGCAGCCAAAGCACUCCUGAAACACGGCGCAGAUGUCAACCAUACCGUGCCUGGCUACUUUGCCACUGCACUCCAGGCGGCAUCUUCUAAGGGCCAUUAUAGUCUUGUGGACCUCUUGUUGAACAAUGGGGCAGAUGUGAACGUGUCAGGGGGCUAUCAUGGCAAUGCACUACAGGCAGCAUGUUUCCAAAGUCACAAUAAAGUUAUUGAAUUGCUCUUAAACAAUAAGGCUGAAGUGACCUCACUGGUUCAUCUGGCUCGUAUCAAUGACCCCGCACUGCAGGAAAAACUUCGCGCAGCAUAUUCUGCAGACAAGAAAAAUGUGAGUUUGGGUUUCUUACCUCGUCCUCGAUUAUCCUGA